CAGUUCUCCACAGUUCACAAAGAUGAAGGUCUUAGUUCUUCUUUCAUUAGUAGCCCUCAGUGUGGCAUCCUCAAUUUCGUCUGGUAAACGCGUUAUCGUGACGGAAAGUGGAAUUAUCCGCAUAGUUGGAAACCUAGGAAGAGAAAUAGAUAUUUUCCAAAGUGUUAUGGAUCCAUCUAAAGUCAACAUUAUCCUAAGCAGCCCAUUUGGACCUCCAAGGAAAUUACAAGUUGACGAAGUCAAUAAUAUCAGAAACGUAGGAGUAGGACUCUUUAAUAUUCCAAGUCAACAAAUUUCACAAGCUGAUAUUCUUGUUAACAUUUUUCGUCAAUAUCAAGGUGAUGUAAAUGAAGCAUCCUACAUACAAUUAUUGGGAAAAAUUGAAGCUUUAGUCCAAUCUAGAGUAUUGAACCAAAUAGUCUUGGAAGUUUUAAAAAAUUUGGAUUUGAUCGAAGAACUAAAGGGCUUCAACUUUGAACAGAUACGUGGAUUCAACGCACUGUCCCAGGCCAAUGGGUUGAGCAACGUUAUUCAAUCUAACAACUUGAAUAACAUUGAACAACUUAACAGUAUGGCCCAGUUGGAACAAAUUAUUAGCAGAAACAUACAAAACCUUAGUCCAUCUCAACGAUUCCAAUUGAUCCUCCAGCAAAUUGGACAACAAAAUAUGGGUUUGAACCAAGAAUUAUUAUCCAGCCAAAACAUUGUGAAUAGCCAAAAUAUCCUUUCUCAACAAGGACUACCAUCAAAAAUAAGUCCAUUGAACUUGGGACUUUUGAGAGGACAGCAAGGAUAUGUCAGUCAACAACAGAUCAUACCACAAAUUCUUAACCAACAAGUAGUUCCACAACAAUUGCAACAACUUGAAAAUUUGGAACAAAAAGUCCAACAAUUGCAGCAAGUAGAAAGUUUGGGACAACUAGGCCAACAAUUGAUGAUUCCCCAAGUAUUUAACCAACAAGAAAUAUCUCAAUUGCAACGAUUGCAAAAUUUGGAACAACUCGUACAAUUGGAACAGGAAAUCCAACAAAGCCAACAACAAAAUAUUCAACAAAUUCAAGGUUUGGGAAGUCAACAAUUACUGAACCAACAAAUAGUUCCCGAACAACUUUUAGCCCAAAUAAUCGAACAAGGACCAGUUCUUUCUCAACAAAUGCAACAACUUUUACUACAAAAAAUCCAACAAGGACAAGUGCUUCCUCAACAAUUGCAACAACUUUUAGCACAACAAAUCCAAUCAGGACAAAUCCUUCCUCAACAAUUGCAACAACUUUUAGCACAAAAAAUCCAAUCAGGACAAAUCCUUCCUCAACAAUGGCAACAACUUUUCGCACAAAUAAUUCAACAAGGACAAGUUCUUCCCCAACAAUGGCAACAACUUUACGCACAAAGAAUCCAACAAGGACAAGUAGUUCUUCCUCAACAAUGGCAACAACUUUUAGCACAAAAAAUCCAACAAGGACAAGUAAUCCUUCCUCAACAAUGGCAACAAGUUUCCGCACCAAGAAUCCAACAAGGACAAGUAGUCCUUCCUCAACAAUGGCAACAACUUUUAGCAAAUAAAAUCCAACAAGGACAAGUCUUACCUCAACAAGGACAAGUCUUACCUCAACAAGGACAAGUCUUUCCUCAACAAGGACAAGUCUUACCUCAACAAUGGCAACAACUUUUUUCACAAAGAAUGUAACAAGGCC